AUGGGCAAGAAGAGAUCAAGAGACGCGGAGGCCAAGGAUGUCCCAGAGGACCCUGCAGUGGACAAGAUGGACGAGGAUAGCGGUGAUGAUGAGGAUUUUGACAUGGUCAAUGUUGACUUUGAAUGGUUCAACUUCGACCCUGAAGUUGACUUUCACGGGACCAAGUCACUUCUCAGACAACUCUUUGAUGUUGAUGGCAACCUGUUCAACAUGUCAGCUCUAGCAGACCUCGUGUUAUCGCAACCGACGAUUGGGUCGACUGUCAAGGUAGACGGCAAAGCAACCGAUGCCUAUGCUCUGAUGACAGUACUUAACAUUGCCGAGCACCGCAACAAGGAGCCCAUGAAUGAGAUUUCCCAGUACAUUGUAGAGAAAGCGAAAACAAACCCUUCAUUGGCUGCUAUUCCUGCCUUGAUUGAGGGCGGUAAGCAAGUUGGGCUGGUCAUGUCCGAACGUCUCAUCAACGUACCAUCGGAGAUUGCCCCUCCCCUGUACACCAUGUUGAUGGAAGAGGUGGAAGCUGCAGUAGAGGACAAGGAACCCUAUGAGUUCUCACACUAUCUCAUCAUCUCGAAAACAUAUCGGGAAAUAGAGUCAACUCUAGAUGUCCAGGACAGGAAACGGAAGAAGGCAAAGGAAGAGGCAACAGUCUUCUAUUUCCACCCAGAGGAUGAGGUACUACAGAAGCACUCCGUUGCUUACGGCAGCUUCAGCUACACCAAGGAGGAAGAUUCCGUGGCGGACAGCAAGCGGGCGUUCCAAGAGAUGGGCAUCAAGACUUUCGGACACAUGAUGUUGGUCGAGGCAGGCAAGAUGCCCGCGGCUAUCGAAGCAGUUCAAAAAUACCUGAAUCCAGGCCAAUAA